CGCACACAUGUGUAGAUCACAUGACUGGUCACAUGAGUUCAAAAUGGCAGACGAAACAAAACAAUAAGUUUAAUUUUGUUUGAGCUUGACAUCGGUUUUAUUGAAUGACAACACGCUUUCUUGUACUUAAUGGAGAAAUAAAAAUUGACCAUGUCAUCCCAAUACAGAGAACGAUUGUUGCCGGACGAAAAUUACCAAACAAACUAUGGGACGGCUUACAACAAUGAUAAUGAUGAAGAGGAGCCUUUAUUUGCAAAACAACAGAUUCAAAAAGAAGGUGUAAAUAUCAAGGUUUACAAAAGAAGAUGGUACAUCCUGCUGGUCUAUGGCCUUAUGGCAAUGACUCAAUGUGCUGUAUGGAACACAUUCAGUCCCAUAUCACAGGCAGCUACUGAUGUUUUUGGCUGGAACACUGCCGGCUUCUCCCUGCUUACAAACUGGGGGCCUAUAGCCUACGUCAUUGGAACAUUCGCUUUCUCAUGGAUUAUUGAUGAGAAAGGAUUACGGCCAGCGUGUGUAUUGAGUGGUUUUCUGGUUGUUGUGGGAACUGGCAUGCGGUGUAUUUCAACAAAAACCUCCAUCGCCACUCCGCUGAUCCACUUUGGCCAGUUUCUGAAUGGUCUCGCCGGGCCGGUUGCUAUGGGAGCACCACCAGCUAUAUCCGCAGAGUGGUUUCCCCCGGAGCAACGCACCACGGCAACAGCCAUAGCAACCGUCGCCAACACUCUUGGCCUCGCUGUCUCUUUUCUCAUUGGCCCCUAUCUUGUUCCAACACAAAACAUAACAGUGAAUGCCACAGAUUUUCUCAAUAUAAGUGGGAAUGCCAUGGCUUUGGAUGGCAAUUAUUCGAAUCUGACAUAUGGAAAUUUGACAAUACCAGAUGUUAAGGCAGAAAGAGAAUCCAUUAUGUUGUACAUGUAUUAUUCAUGUGGCUGGUCAGCGCUUUGUUUCCUGCUGUUUUUUACAUACUUCCCGUCUCAUCCACCUCUCCCGCCCAGCCCCACCGCCUCCAUGGAGCGACUCCAGUUCAAAGUCGGAAUAAAAAAACUCCUUGUGAAUCGAACUUUCUGGCUGAUAUGUUUCACGUACGGAGUGUCAGGGGGUAUUCUAGGCUGCUGGCAGGGUGUUCUGGAUGUGAACCUAAAAGACCAUGGUAUAAAUCAGGAUAUGGCAGCCUGGAUGGGAUUCUUUGGAGUCAUUGGUUCUUGCACAGCCGCACUUCUGGUUGCAAGAGGGGCGGACAUGUUCGCAAGACACAUAAAGUGGAUCCUGAUUGGUCUGUUUAUGUCAGGCGGUCUCUGUUUUGUGGUCUUCGUACUGGCACUGAUCUCUAUUGUACCAAAAACCACAGGAGUGUUGUUCUCCACCUACAUCAUAGCCAACCUGCUGAUGGGGGCGUCCGUGCCACUGUUUUUUGAGAUGGCAUGUGAGGUGACAUACCCGAUUGCUGAGGGCAUCACGAACCUCGUUCUUACGCUGCUCAACAACAUUGCCGGUUUGCUGUUCCUACUGGUUCAGUUAGUUCCUAAUAUAGGUACAAUGUGGGAGAACUGGUGUCUGCUUGGCGGGAUAUUCAUUUGUGUUCCCGUCCUUCUGCUGUUCAAAGAGACAUACAACCGUCUGGAUAUUGAUAUCAAGGUGGAGGACGAGGACCAAUAAUCCGUGCGACAUUGAGUGGUCAAUUUCUAAUGCUAAACUAAUUGUUAUUUACAGAUUAUGUUAAUCGGUCAUAAUUGUGUCCAGCAAUGAAUUGUAUCAAAGCAAUUACGACUUUUCCAUUAUCAUGUUCGAGAUACUGAUAAGCAUUUGGCUGUUGAAACUGUACAAAUAAGAAAUAUCUUGCGAUACUUCUUGUUUGUUAUUACUUUAAUUGUAUAUACAAGUCUCUUAGUGUUGAAUAGAUUUUAAAUGAUGUUAACAUUAACACUGUUCUUUUGCAUUUUAUUUAUAUAUUUCAUGUGUUUUUGUGUGAGUUUUUCUUGUUAUUUUAUUUUGUCUUUUAUGAAUAACCACUUAAACAUAUAUAUUAGUUUGUUUCUUUAUGUGUUUAAUACUCAUAUUGUGCAAUUGAAAUAUUCAGUUGACAUGGAUAUUUUUACCUUGACUUUUUGUUCAUGCCUAAUUUUAACCUUUUUGAUGCCAAAGUAUCUGUGAUAUUCAUUUAAGGUAUUUAAUACACAAAUAUGCUAGCAGAAAAAGAAACCAUGUACAUGUAUUAUAAUAAUCUAUCAAAAAUAAUGGCGAGUCCUUCUGUGAUAUGACCUCAAUUUUAUGACAUAUACAAGUAACAGUAAUACAGAGAGGUCCUUCGUCAACGCAUGCGGCAGUUCCCAGAAUGAGAUUAUUAUAAAAACUGGCUAUUCUUGAGUAAUUAAAGAACAGGUAUUUUUUUUCAAAUUUGCAUAUGCACAUUUUCUUUAUUCUGCUAGUAACGUGAUUUUUAAUGCCUGGUAGCCCCCAUUUUAUUUUGGUAUGAGUUUUUUACUUCAAAGGUUGAAAAGUAUGUUUUUUUGCAUUUUAUUUCAGUUUAAAUGAAGUGCAAAUAUACACACUGUAAAAUCCAUGGAUAAUGUACUUAUGGUAAUUUUUUAUACAUUUUUCAGUCUGGUAAUUUUUUAUACAUUUUUCAGUCAUCAAAUACUUUUCAAACGAAGUCAAAAUUAUGUGGUUAUCAGGCAGCAAAAUUUAGUAAUGAGGUUUAUGAAGCUGUUGAAGUGUUAGCUUAAUUGUGGGUUGGAUUCCUUUCAUAAAACAUUUGUCAAUGUCGAAUUGUCAUUUUAAUAAACUUUUAAACAGCA